UACUUUUUGAGAAACGUUUGAUCCGUUCAAAGAUAACAAAAUGGCUCGGAGCAGUUUAAUAAAAAAUUUUAUUGUUAAUUUUUAUUUAAAGAUUAAAUUAAUUUUAAGCAUGUUUAUUUAUUUAAUGUAAAAAGCAGUAAGGAUGAAAUUAUGUAAAUGUAAGAAACAAAGAAACAAGAAAUGUUGAAAUAAUUAAAUUGAAUGUCUUGCAUUUAAAUGCCCACGUGACCGGGAGAGUUUAAGUUAAUCUAAAUAAUAUUCCAGAUUCUUUGGAUUGCAAACAUUUACAACUGAUGGCUGUUAUUUUCCACAGACGUCGUUUUUUAUGCUCCUUAUUUCUCAGUUCAGUUAUUUUCCUUUUAUUCAAUUGGUACUUCAUAGUGAUAAGCAUAGUGGUUUUAAAUAAUUCAACAAGAUCUAAUGAGCUACAUGUGUUCAACAGAAAUAUGGAGCCUGACUUAAAUAGCGAAGAAGAAUCAGAACAUUCAAAUAAUAACAUUCCUAUGAUAACCCUAACUCCAGAAACAACACUCCCUAUUAAAAAUGUUAAUAUGAUUAAAAAACCAGAACUGAGAUCUAUGAUUGAAGCACUCUUACAAAAGCAACAAUUGCAAAAGCCAAAACCACUUUUGCAAAAGCAACAAGAGACAAAACAACUCAAGAAAAACAUGAACGUAACUGCAAUAUCUCAUUCUGAAAAUGUUUCUUACUCAUUAGAAAACGACUACCAGUAUGUGCCAACGAUGAGACCUAUCGAUAUCUAUGAUAUCUAUUACGAGUAUUUAGCAUGGCAAAAUCAAAAUAAAGGAAACGAUGAAACUGAUCCCGAGAGGUCAGUAAAUUUCAUUAGAACAGAAACUUCAAAUAGUUCUUUAAAUGAUCCCAGUUUAAAAUCCGAAUCCGAUGUUCAUGGAAUUUCAAUAGAUGAGAUGUUAUCCAAUCAGCAAUCAGUGACAAAAAAUAAAGCUUUGAUCAUAGAUACUUCAGGAUGUAAGAUACCUAAACUAGAUCCAUGGGACUCAUCAGUUAUGAGACUUAUUGAGCCAUAUACAUCAUUAAUUUGCUCUGAUAAACCAUUAUUUAUGAAACCAGAGCCAAACGGAAUAGUUCAUCUUAAUGCCACUGUACUAGAAACGUACUAUAAUGCAACUCUAGAUGAUAUUCAGUGUUGGUAUCAGGCAAUUGUACGAAAGUAUGAAAAACCCGGUUAUAUAAGAGAAAAUAAUUACGUGACAACUUCAGUAAGUUUGAUGACUUUUGAUAAACCGAUGGAUUAUGAAUAUAUCGCUGUAAAGUGCUUUUUCUCUAAUAACAGCACUUUCGAGCAAUAUAUGCCCCUCGUGAAGAUUAAAGAUAAAGUUGAAGAUGAAAGAUCUAAAAUUAAGCCCCCUACACCUUUGAAUGUUAUUCUUUUAGGUAUAGAUUCAGUGUCAAAGCUCAAUUUUUUAAGGCAUUUCAACAAAACGAAAUCCUUCCUUGAAGAAAAUAUGAAAGCGUUCGAAAUGAAAGGGUACACGAAGGUUGGUGACAACACUUUUCCAAAUUUAGUACCGUUGCUCACCGGUAAUUUUGUUGAUUAUUAUUGGAACGAAUCAAUGAGGCAUACUUUCUUUUUCGAUAAUAUUAGCCUGAUUUGGAAAGAUUACGCACGCAAUGGGUAUAGAACAUUCUACGCUGAAGAUGGGCCUUAUACCGGCACAUUUAACUACUUAAAAAAAGGAUUCCACGAUCCCCCAACAGAUUAUUAUUAUAGACCUCUCGCCAUGGCGAUACAAAACUUACGCCUAAAACAAAAUUUAACUGAAUCUGAUCCGUGUUUAAAUUCUGAAACAGAAACUGAUCUCAUGUUUGAUUACUUGAAAAAUUUCAUAAAAACAAUGGACACAAGGCCAUAUUUUGCGUUUUGUAUGGUUUCUAUUCUCACCCAUGAUUUGUUAAAUAGUGCAAGCCAUGCUGAUUUACCUACAACUAGAAUUCUCCAAGCGCUUCAAGAUGAAGGAGCACUUAAUACUAGUGCUUUAGUUAUAUUUAGUGACCAUGGAUUGCGAUAUGGGGAAAUUAGAGAAACUUAUAUAGGUAAGUUUGAGGAGAGGAUGCCAUUUAUGUACAUGCAUUUUCCAAAAUGGUUCUUGGAUCAACAUCCUGGCUUUAAAUUAAAUCUAAAAACAAACCAAGAAAGACUGAUGACAUUAUUUGAUGUGCAUGCUACCAUGAAACAUUUACUUCAUGUGAAUGAAGAACCAAUAGAAAAGAGUGAUGCACUUGGGCUCAGUCUUUUCAACGAAAUUCCUGAAAACAGAACGUGCAAAGAUGCCCAUAUUUUACAGCAUUUUUGCCCAUGUAAUAACUUUGUGAAUGUAUCAAUUGAUGAUCCAGUAAUAAAGGAAGUAUCAAUUGCUCUUAUUGAUCAUAUAAAUGAAAUUUUAAGCCCUUAUGCAGAAGUCUGUGAAUGGCUUAGUAUUGCUGAAAUUCAAGAUGCCCAAUUAGGGAAAGCUGAUGAGUUGGUUUUAAGACGUAUAAGACAGGUAAAAGUUGAAAAUCGAACGCUUAUGUUGAGCGAAGCUCCUCCAGUUAUAGGUGAUUAUCUCGUUACUGUAACAGUACAUCCGGGAGGAGCAAUAUUUGAAGGAACUGUAAGGUAUGACGCUGAAAAUGGAAUUAGUAAAGUCAUGGGUGUCAGCAGAAUUAACAUGUAUGGUAAAACUUCAUGGUGUAUUAACAGUCAAAAGCUCAAGCUUUAUUGCUUUUGUAAAGAACAGCUAUCACUUCAAGAUUUAUUAGAUUUAGAAUUAAAACAACUAAAACUAGAUAUAUAAUUAUUGCAAAAAAUAUCUUUACUGAAUGGAAUUUUAAAAUUAAUUACCAGGCUUAUUUUUCUAGGAUUAAA